AUGCCACACAGUGAGUUGUGGUACAAGAUGGCCGAUGGCAUCGCCGCCAACCCUCCUCGCUUCAGCGGCAAAGAGAGCGACUACCACAGCUGGCGUCAGUCGUUCGCUGGCAUGUUCUAUGGCAUCGAUGGCAUGGCCAAGUACUUCCAUCCGUCAACCGAUGACGAGCUGUCGGUGACGAGUCGCUCACAGAUGUCCAACGCCGCAACAUGA